AUGUUCGUGAUCUUGGAAAGCCGAGCGGAGGGACUCGUCCAAGGAAGCACCCAGAACCGGGAGGAAGCACGACUCGCGAUGCAGCUCAUCAAAAAGCUGCUCCGACAUUUCCCGGCCGAACAAUUCUGGGCCAUUACAUAUUAUAAUAGCCAGAAGAAGCUGAUCGAAACGAUCAAGACGACCCGGGCACGCAGCGGCGACUUCCUCGCAUGCCCCCUCCGGGCAUGCGUGGCCACGACGCGCGCCAGGCAAGGGCUGAUCGUUAUCGGCUCCGCCUCAGCGUUCCAGAGCCCCAACUGGUGGGACCUCUUCAACGUCGCCUCCUUGAACCGAUGGACUGUCCCGGCCCAUGAGAUCACCAGCGGCAACCAA